UAAAUCCCAGCAGGGAGAGCCUGAAUCUGACUUGUUCUCAUUUCAUUCUGCCCCAAGAAUUCCUGAGGGGAUGGAGCAGGUGGAAAACUUCCUGGUGUUGGUGGAUUUUGGGGCCGGGGUCUUACCUGUGCUGUGGAUGCUCAGACCUGUAGGAGAGGUGUGGGGGGAAUUAUGGGUGCUGGGGGUUCACCACAAACCCCCCCCCCCAAUUCCGGUGGUCUCAGGGGUCACAGCUCACUGUGGGGGGUCCCCAGACGCUGUGGCACGUGAGGUUCGAAGGGGAAUUGGCAGAAUUUCAGGGAUUUCAGCUCUUUUUUUGUGUCGGUAGGGCCGGCGCCAGAGCCGCGCGUAGAUGACUACAUUUCCCAUCAGCCCCCGCGGCCUGCACCGGAAACGGCCUCUCCAUUUCUCAUUUAUUCACUUUCCCAUCAGCCCCCGCGGCCUGCACCGGAAAUGGCUUAUUUUCCCAUGUACUCAGUUUCCCAUCAGCCCCCGCGGCCUACACCGGAAGUGGUAUCUUCCGCUUCCCGUAGACUACAUUUCCCAGCAGCCCCCGCGGCACCGGUGGGCCAAGAUGGCGGUGGGGAGCGGCGCCGGUGCUCGGGAGCUUUUUGCUGAGGGGCUGCUGCAGUUCCUGCGGCCCGCGGUGCGACAGCUCGACCGGCACGUGCACAGCGUCAGGGAGAGCCAGGUGGAGCUGCGGGAGCACAUCGACAGCCUGGCCACAGAGCUUUGCCGUAUCAACGACGACCAGAAGGUGGCGCUGGACCUCGACCCCUACGUGAAGAAGCUGCUGAACGCCCGGCGCCGCGUGGUGCUGGUCAACAACAUCCUGCAGAACGCGCAGGAGAGGCUGAGGAGGCUGAACCACAGCGUGGCCAAGGAGACGGUGAGGAGGAGGGCGAUGCUGGAGGCUGGGGGCUACCAGGGCAAGUGAGUGACCACUGAGUGACCACUGAGUGACCAGCAAUCUGUCAGCCCCAGCUCCUGGACUGAGGGGUGUCCCCCAGCACCUGCAGCUGAGGGAACUGGAAUGCUCAGAGCCCUGGGCUCGGAAUUUUGGGUGCUGGAAUAAAAGUGACUGAGAGUC